GAAGCUGUGCACUUUCACUGUAGUUUACUGGAAGAGCAGAAUAGGAAGAGCCUGGAAAGCGCAAGGAGUGAGAUGCAGCAAGAACAGAAAAAUGUACUGACUCUUCAGGACAAAGUGACAGAGAUGCAACGUAGAGUCCAAGAGCUGGAGGGUGAGCGAAUUGUACAGCAGCGAGAGCACGAGUCUCUGCUCAGGUCACUGAAGGAGGAGCACCAGGCCGAGAUGGAGAGGUUGCAGAAACACAUGCUGCAGAAGAGUGGGAGGACUGUGCUUCAGCUGGAGCAGGCUGCUCUGCUGGCAAAGGGAGAAGCUGCAAAGAUGCACCAGAUGCUUGAAGAGAAGGAUAUAAGCCAUAAUGAAGCCAAAGCUGAACAGGAGCAGCAGAUCAGGGUUUGGGCUCAGGAGUUGGUGGCUGAGUGUGAGCAUCUCCACCUCUUAAUGGAGCAAAGUGGUGGCAAACAAAAUACACUAAAGCUCCUUCCCAGCCCUACCAUAGAUGAGGCUAUCACCUACCUGAAGUCUCUAGAAGACCCCUUGAAGCAUCUGCAUCAGGAGUUGGAUACGCUGAAGCAAAGCAGUGAGCAGCUGCUUAAAGACAAGGAACGAGAGAUAAGGAUUCAGAGGCAACAGUUGAGGACCGAGCGAAACCUAGUCUUGGAUUCUCUGAAGGAACGUCUCAUUCAGGAGCACAUUGAGGAGCUGAGCAGUCUGAAAUGUUUUUUUACAAGUGACGGAGGGCUGGAGGCCUCUCUUCGCAAGCAGCUGGAGGCCAAAGACAUGGAGCUGAGGCAGAUCCAGAGGAACAUGUCUCAGUGGAAAGAACAGACCACUGCUCGUCUGGCCUGCAAGUUUGAGGAAGAGUUGACCGCCGAACUGGAAAGGUGCAGGACAAAGUUAUUAAAGGGCAGAAAACCAUCAAAUAUACAAGAGGAGACGCAAAAGUCGGAUGGUCAGACGAGGCUUAGCACAAAGCAUCAGGAUGCUCUGUAUUCCAAGUACUCCACCUGCGUUUAUGCUGCCGCACCCCAUGUCCCGUCAGACGUGGCCUCGUUAAAACUUGUACAUUACUUGCAGAGCAGAGUCAAGCAGCUCCGUGUAGAGAACCAGACAUGUAGGCCAACACCUGUGAAGACAGGACCCUGCCUACCUACACACACACUUCAAGAUAGUGGGGAGAAUUCAGAGUCCCUUGUCCAUUAAGGCAGUCUCAAGUUAAGGGCACCACAUGCACUAUUUCUUGAACACGUUUUGCAUUUCAUAAGAAAUGAAUCAUUCCUCGUUUUGUGUGCUAAAGAUAACAGCUUAACAAGCAGGUCACAGUGACAAAUGACACAACCAAAGGUUUAGUUGUCGUCUGCAUUUUUCUAUGUGUCAAUGCUUUAUGGCUCAAGGUUUGCAGAUUUAACAGGAGACGUCAGAAAACCUCAUAAAAGGUCUUAUUUGUAUGGUCAUAAAAGUUACUUGUUGAAAUUGUACAUUUGAAGUGAUCUUUCCAAAUAAACAUUUA